UGGCUCUAAAGCUUGCAGGGUUGCUCCAAGUGUUCAUCCCUUAGCUUCAAUAAAACAGGACCAGGAGAAUUGAUGAGAUUCUGUGCCAGUGGGAUGAUUAGAUGAAAUGGAAGCAGCUAUUAAGGAUCUGCAGAAGAUAAUGAUGAAAAAAGAUCUAAAGGGUUAACAGGAGUCUGCUUUUCAUAUAAGUACUGGCAGAGAUUAACGAGUCUCUGUGCUACAGAUAAAUAGGAUUCGCAGCAUCUCCACGAUAAAAAAGAAACGAGGCAGAUUAAUGAAAUUACCACCUACUGCUCCACCAGGAUGUAAAGAGUCAAGGCUACAGAAGUGCUGUGAAGCUGCCAAAGGGUUAAUGGGAGCCCAGCUUACAUAGCAAGCAGAGGAAACUGGGCAGGUACCGGAGUUGCGGAUGAGUAGCAAUGAAAGGGUUAACAAAAAGCCUAUACGCAUUGAGAUGCUAAUUGUCAAGAUAGCGUAUUACUUGAGGAAAGUAAUUUGACUAUUCGAAACUCCCACGAAGGAUGCCAGCCUGUGUCCACUCCAUCUGUCAGGCUCCAUGAAACACGGCGAAUUGAACUCCAAAUCCAAAUUCACAUGUGAUGAAGUCACUUUAAUUUCCCAGCCAGCCAAGCACUGCUGCCAUGCCCACUGCGCAGAGGGUAGCACUGCAUUUCAACUUUUCAUCUGAAAUCCAGGAGGCACAGUAACCUGUUACUUGCUGCUGCUUUCUUUUUUUUUUUCCCUCCUCUUUCUCUCACCAUUUUCUGCCUCAGUGCUACAACUGAGUCAUUCUGUUGCCCAUGGCUCGUGGGUAUACACAGUACUCCUGCAGCGUGCUGCAUUAUUCCUGAGUUAAUCUCUCAGUGUUAUUUUCGGUAAUGCAGAUGUGGGGUUUGCUUACCGUCGCUUUGUAGACACUUGUCGAAAACCAUUUGGAAAGCUUAACUAUGCAUAAAUCUGCAGAGUGAAUGUUUCCUUUCAUUCACUUGCUCCUAUUAUUUGAUUUCUUGUAGGCCGCUGCGGCAGAGAUGGAGAAAAUAAGUACUUUGCAAGAACAGAAGGGGGAAUUACGAAAACGUCUAUCAUACACUACCCAUAAGCUGGAAAUGCUUGAAACGGAAUUUGAUUCUACACGUCAGUAUCUUGAAAUAGAAUUGAGACGUGCUCAGGAGGAACUUGAAAAAGUAACUGAAAAACUGAGAAGGAUACAAAACAAUUACCUAGCCUUACAAAGAAUUAAUCAGGAUCUGGAAGAUAAACUUUACAGAAUGGGUCAACAUUACGAAGAAGAAAAGCGGGCUUUGAGCCAUGAAAUAAUUGCACUUAAUAAUCACUUAAUAGAGGCCAAGGUGACAAUAGAUAAGUUGUCAGAAGACAAUGAGCUCUAUAGGAAGGACUGCAAUUUAGCUGCUCAAUUGCUCCAGUGCAGCAAGAAUUACGACAGGGCACAUAAACUUUCUGAGUUGCCAUCUGACUUUCAGGAAAGAGUCAGCAUCCAUCUGGAAAAACAUGGGUGCAGCCUUUCUGUCCCCUUGUGCCGCACAUCUUACGCUGAUACCAUACCCACCUGUGUCAUCGCCAAAGUACUGGAGAAACCAGAUCCAAACAGCUUGUCUUCACACUUGUCAAGCCCCUCUACAAGGGAUCUCAAUUUUCAGGACUCUGCUGGAAAACUCGGGCAGAGGCCUCAGUACAAGUCAGACAUCUACUGCAGUGACACCGCCCUGUACUGCCCUGAGGAGAGGAGGAGGGAGAGGAGACCAAGUGUGGACACACAAGUGAAAGACGUGGGGUUCCUGCGGUCCCAGAACUCUACAGACAGUACUGUUGAAGAAGAUGGCUUCCAUUCCAGCUUCUCUCACGAAGCCUUCCCAGAGUACAUUACCUCUUUGCCGACCUCCAGCUCCUAUUCUAGCUUCAGUGUCACAUCUGAAGAGAAGGAGAAUGCCCAAGCCAACACUAUGACAGCCUCCCAGCAAGCAAUCUACAUGAGCAACCGAGAUGAACUGUUUGAAAGAAAGUCAUCUGCAGGUUAUGAGCAUCAGGGAAGCCCAAGGUUUGCCAAGUCAAAACCUGCACAGCACAUGGAGCUUGCUGAUGACAACGAGAACUCCCCCACAUUUACUCGGACUCUGCCUCCUUAUGCAAACGAACCUUUUCAUUUCUCAGCCAUAACACCACAGCAGGCUUUAGCGAAUCAGAAAAUGAGGAAUGAGUGCAGGAGCACCAACCUUUCAGAAGAAGACUUACCUGGGCGAUGGAGGCAGUUGAGUGUGGAGGACAUUGGUGCAUACUCUUACAGGAACACUGGCAGGCUAUCACCCUGCAGCUUUUCAGAGCAGUAUUACAGCAGCCCUAUUAAAACAGGUGACAGUCGAACAAGUCCCAUCUAUGCUAGUUACAAAGCAGAUAGCUGUUCAGAGGGAGAUGAUAUCUGCCAAAGCAGACUUGUGGAUUCUUGCUUCCUGAGAACAGACAGUGGUCUGAACAUUGACAUCAGCACUAGCUGUAAACAGGACAAGCUGCCCACUUACAAAACAAAAGAAUCAAGAGACCAAAAAAAUGAAAGGAUCACUGUCCAGUUAUGCAGUAGCAAAAACAUCGAAAAUAGCCCAGUGUUGAAAAGAGAAUAUGUGGACGUGAGCCCCAACAGCUCUGCAGAGUCCCUCAAUCACAGUUCGAUAGAGGCUUCAGAAAUCCACCAGUCUUCCAUGGAGCAAGGAAGCCAUUCGAGUAUUCACAACAAACAGCAGCAGUUUCAGCGGACUGGGAGUACUGGUUUGAGUCGGAAGGACAGCCUUACAAAAGCACAACUAUAUGGAACCCUUCUGAAUUAGGCAUCUUCCAGAACUGCAAUAAGACCACAAGCAAAGGAAAGCAAACCACGUUUGAUACUUCUUGUGAGCAUAAGGUUUAAGAAAUGGAUUAUAAAAUAUAUAUUCAUAAUGGUACUAUAUGUUUGAAAUGAAAUCUCUCCAAAAAUGUUAUACAGCACUUUUCACUUAACAUCCUUUCCACAUGGGAGACUGUCCCCUCCCCUCUUUUAUAAACCUGAAAUAUUUUUAUAAACAAAAUGGUAUUUAUUAGACUAUCCUAAGAUAUUUGAGCAGAAUUCUUUUCCCUUCAAGCAGGUUUCUUAUUUAUUUUUGUGCAUGAGGCCAUCUGUGCCUAAACUCUUGGAGGAAAAGGGUAAAAUCAUGAUGAUGGUAGUGAAAAAAAAUAAAUCCACCUAAUAAAAUACCAUAAACUUCAUGUGAAAAAAAAGCAAAACUAAAAAGAAUGGUGAAUUUGAAAAAGUAUAUUUUUUAAAAAGAAUGGAAUUGUAUCUUAAGUUAUUUCAUACAAAUGUAUUUAUGAGUGACUAAUGUAUGCACAAAGUGAUACCAAUAUUUUGUUCUUUUAAUCCACUGUGUUUCUGCUUUCCUAUUUUCCUUGUAUACUACCUCAAAAGUAAUUGAGGGUUUCUGUCACAUUUUCUGUAGGCUUGCAUUUAUAUUGUCUAAAAUGCAUGCAGUGUCAUAAUUAAUACUGUAUUUUGCAUUACUUAAUAAAAGACACCAGUGGAGACAUUUUGUUGGGUUCUUUAUC